UAUGUUUUUGGUAAUUUCCUUUAAUGUUAAGCUGGCCAAGAAAGGAGGUGAUUUAACCGUGCUUUGAAUCACGUUGACACAGGGCGAGACAGGGCUCAUGGUUCCGCACUAGGGAGAGAGAUCCGUAACUCAUUUGUCCAUCUCUGGCAUCUGUUCCGCUGUGGCCACUGCCUUCCCAUCGACUAGACUGGAAGGCACCCGGAGAAGCGAGCGAGAGACAGGUUCGCCCCGGAACCCAGCGGGCCUGGAAACCGCCAAUCACCGGCUGUGUGGUGACACCAACAAUUCCCGCUCCCGCACAAAGACUUGUCUGUGACGUCACUGGCAGACGUGUGAUCCUUAAAAAGAUGUCAGAUCAACCAGCGAGGCAGCGGGCCGGGGCAGCGUUGGCCGGAGGCAGGUAGGACAGGAGCGGGGAGGGCCGGCCUGGGCAGCUGCUCUGCCCUCCGGCCUGGCAAGCCGGCCGGAGAGCGCGAUCGGGCGCGGAGCCUCGACGCGGCACUACCCCGGAUUUCCUUCCGCGGCGGGGGCUCGGCGAACGGAAUUCCGGCGGCUCUCCAGACUCAGGCGCUAGGUGAAGGCAGAAUGGGUGAGCCCUGAAUGUGUCCUUGGGCAUACUUAGCAGUUCAUUUUUGAUUAGCUGAAAGAAGAUAGCCAUUCAAACAAAACUUCAGUGCCUGGGGGAGUUGUGGACUCUCCGAAUUUCAAGAACAGUGAGGUUGGAGUACAGUGGAAGGCAUAUAAAAGACUACAUAGAUUGGAAAGAAGACUAAUGAAGAAAAACAACAUGAUUCAGGAAUACCAUUGAGUCCCUGGGAAUGUUCAAAAGCGUCUGAUUGAGAAACGUAUGAAAUGUAAGACAAGAGCGUACAUCAGGAAGUGUACAUGGGAAUUACUGUCAAGCAACCUGUUCAUAGAUGCGAACCGUAGCUGCCAGAGGUGACGGAAAUGUACUUGCACAAUGGGAGAAGCUGGUAACUUAUAGAAAGCCAAGAUGACAAGAAUUUUUUUGCAUAAUCUAAGGAAGAAUCCGGUUCAAAAAUAAGGUGAAUUAAUUUUGGGGCACUCAAAACCGUGGACAGCUACAUGAAGUUUUAAAAAACUGCCCUGACCAUCUUGCCAAAGGAGGCCCCACUUGUGAGGCCCAACGAGAUAAACCAGCCAAGGAGGGACAAUGUCCUGCCCUGUAGGAACAGUGACUGCUGACCUUCAAGAGCAAGCUGGUGACUGCAUUGUUGUCUGCUAAUACAAUGAAGGAAGUGGUUUAUUGGUCACCCAAGAAGGUGGCAGACUGGCUCCUGGAGAAUGCUAUGCCAGAAUACUGUGAACCUCUGGGACAUUUUACAGGCCAAGACUUGAUCAGCCUAACCCAAGAGGACUUCACAAAACUCCCCUUGUCCCAAGUCUCCUCAGACAACGGGCAGCGGCUCUUAGACAUGAUAGAGACCCUGAAAAUGGAGCACCACAUGGAAGCACACAAGAAUGGCCACGCCAAUGGGCACCUGAGCAUUGGCGUAGACAUCUCCACCCCUGAAGGCAGCUUCAACAUCAAGGCAAAACCCAAUGGGAUACCAAAUGGGUUUAGGAAAGAGAUGAUACAGAUCCCCAUGCCAGAACUGGAAUGCUUCCAGUACCCCAUGGAGUGGGGCAAGACUUUUCUGGCCUUUAUUUAUGCACUUUCCUGUUUUGUCCUCACCACAGUGAUGAUCUCGGUCAUCCAUGAACGAGUACCUCCUAAGGAGGUGCAGCCUCCACUACCGGACACAUUUUUUGACCAUUUUAACCGGGUGCAGUGGGCCUUUUCUAUUUGUGAAAUUAAUGGCAUGAUCCUUGUAGGACUUUGGUUAAUUCAAUGGCUACUCUUAAAAUACAAGUCUAUUAUUAGCAGAAGAUUUUUCUACAUAGUUGGCACGCUGUACCUGUAUCGGUGUAUUACAAUGUAUGUAACUACACUCCCAGUACCUGGUAUGCAUUUCAACUGUUCUCCGAAGCUUUUUGGUGCCUGGGAAGCCCAAGUGCGGAGAAUAAUGAAGCUGAUUGCUGGAGGUGGCUUGUCUAUCACUGGCUCUCACAACAUGUGUGGGGACUAUCUGUACAGCGGGCACAUGGUCAUGCUAACGCUCACCUACUUAUUUAUCAAAGAGUAUUCACCUCGACGACUCUGGUGGUAUCACUGGAUUUGCUGGCUGCUCAGCGUCGUUGGAAUCUUCUGUAUUCUCUUAGCGCAUGACCACUACACUGUGGACGUGGUGGUGGCAUAUUACAUCACCACACAACUCUUCUGGUGGUAUCACACAAUGGCCAAUCAGCAAGUGCUAAAGGAAGCUUCCCAGAUGAACCUCCUGGCCAGGGUGUGGUGGUACAGGCCAUUUCAGUACUUUGAAAAGAAUGUCCAAAGAAUUGUACCUCGAUCUUACCACUGGCCUUUUCCCUGGCCCGUAGUCCACCUCGGUAAGCAAGUUAAAUACAGCUGGCUGGUGAACGACACAUAACAGCUGUACAAAGUGGGGGAGUGAGAAACUGUCCCAAGUGCUAAGAACUCCAUGAGAGAAGAUGCCAUAAAAUAAACACCUCCCUAAUUCUAUUAUCUUUCAACAGUUACCUUGACUUAUCCUAUUGAGUUACCUGGUCAGCACUGUGAGCUUUAUUUCUCUCCAAAGGACCUGCGCUGG